AUGGGCAAGAAUUCCAGUCACGCUCACCUGACAGACUUCAACAUCGCCACCAUCAUAAAGGACGGCGAGCGGGCCACGGCGCUGGCGGGGACCAAGCCGUACAUGGCUCCUGAGAUCUUCCAGUCGUUCAUGAGCGGAGGGACGGGGUACGCCUUUGAAGUGGACUGGUGGUCUCUGGGGGUCACUGCCUUCGAGGUGCUGCGUGGAUGGAGGCCGUACGACAUCCACACCAGUAACUCAGUGGAGUCUCUGCUGCAGCUCUUCAGCACCAUCAGUGUCCAGUACAGUCCGUCAUGGUCCAAGAACCUGGUGUCGCUCAUGAGGAAGGUGAGGACCAAUCAGAUCUCACCUGCACCAAUCAGAUCUCACCUGCACCAAUCAGAUCUCACCUGCACCAUUCAGCUCUCAGGCUGCACCAAUCAGCUCUCAGCCUGCACCAAUCAGCUCUCAGUCUGCACCAAUCAGCUGUCAGGCUGCACCAAUCAGCUCUCAGUCUGCACCAAUCAGCUCUCAGCCUGCACCAAUCAGCUCUCAGUCUGCACCAAUCAGCUGUCAGGCUGCACCAAUCAGCUCUCAGUCUGCACCAAUCAGCUCUCAGCCUGCACCAAUCAGCUCUCAGUCUGCACCAAUCAGCUCUCAGCCUGCACCAAUCAGCUGUCAGGCUGCACCAAUCAGCUCUCAGUCUGCACCAAUCAGCUCUCAGCCUGCACCAAUCAGCUCUCAGUCUGCACCAAUCAGCUCUCAGCCUGCACCAAUCAGCUCUCAGCCUGCACCAAUCAGCUCUCAGUCUGCACCAAUCAGAUCUCACCUGCACCAAUCAGCUCUCACCUGCACCAAUCAGCUCUCAGUCUGCACCAAUCAGCUCUCAGCCUGCACCAAUCAGCUCUCAGUCUGCACCAAUCAGCUCUCAGUCUGCACCAAUCAGCUCUCAGCCUGCACCAAUCAGCUCUCAGCCUGCACCAAUCAGCUCUCAGCCUGCACCAAUCAGAUCUCACCUGCACCAAUCAGCUCUCAGCCUUCACCAAUCAGCUCUCAGCCUGCACCAAUCAGCUCUCAGCCUGCACCAAUCAGCUCUCAGCCUGCACCAAUCAGCUCUCAGCCUUCACCAAUCAGCUCUCAGCCUGCACCAAUCAGUUCUCAGCCUCCACCAAUCAGCUCUCAGCCUGCACCAAUCAGCUCUCAGUCUGCACCAAUCAGCUCUCAGUCUGCACCAAUCAGCUGUGA